UUUAUUUAUGUCAGUCCACAAUCUCUCUGUUGUCCUUGUGCAUGCCUUUGUAUUGCAUUUCUCUGAAAAUAAGUAGCCUUUUUAUUUUGUUCUUCCAUGGUGAAAGCCAAAGCUCCAAGGAGAACUCUAGACUCUUAUGCAGUCAAACACAUCAACAAAAUCAUUAAAGCGGGGGAUUGCGUGUUGAUGCGACCGGCGGAUCAAUCAAAACCGCAGUACGUGUCGAGAAUCGAGCGGAUCGAGGCGGACGCACGUGGUGGAAACGUGAAGGUGCACGUGAGGUGGUAUUACCGGCCGGAGGAGUCGAUCGGAGGGAGAAGACAGUUCCAUGGAUCUAAGGAGCUUUUUUUAUCCGAUCAUUACGAUGUGCAAAGCGCCGAUACCAUCGAAGGGAAGUGUACGGUACACAGUUUCAAGAGCUAUACCAAGCUUGACGCCGUCGGAAACGACGACUUCUUCUGUCGUUUUGAAUAUAAUUCUUCCACCGGUUCUUUCAAUCCCGAUCGCGUUGCCGUUUACUGCAAAUGCGAGAUGCCAUAUAAUCCCGACGACCUAAUGGUUCAAUGCGAAGGUUGCAGUGACUGGUUUCAUCCUGCUUGUAUAGAAAUGACGGCAGAGGAAGCUAAAAGGCUCGAUCACUUCUUUUGCGAAAGUUGCUCGUCUGAAGGUCAGAAGAAGUUGCAGAAUUCUCAUGCCGCUUCCAGACACUCGGAUACAAAGGUGGAUACAAAACGGCGUCGGAGGUGACGAGAAAACGGUACAUAAACAUAGCGUUUUUAGUCGAAGACCGAAGCCGGUUAUCGCUUUUAACCAUGCCUCGUGAGUUGAUAAUGGUUGAGUUGACAGUAACUGGGUUUGAAAAACCUUUUUAUCACAAUGUUUAUAUGUGUUUGGUUGUAAGUAAUUAUCAGGAUGUAGGUUCCCCCUCUCUCCUCGUAUCUGGUUUAUACAUUAGGGUUUGUGUAUAAUUAAAAACUGCUUUUUAGCUUAUAAAAUAGCCAUAAAAAUUAGGGUUAAUUUCA